GCACAGGGUUAAGAAGUCCAAAGAAAGCAGCACUCUAUCAGAAUAUGGCAAUGGCUACAACUUUACGACAUCAAACACUACAUCGAUGUAACCAGAAAAUAAGGAAAGGAAAGAAAGGAAAGGAAAGUGGUAAAAAACAGGAAGAAGAUGAAAGAGGAAUAUGCUGGAACUGGGAAGCUUGGAUAAUGAGGAGUACAAAAUAUCACAAAUGAAGACAAUGGUUGAUUGUAUUGGUUUUCCUAAAUCUUCUGUAGAAGAUAUGAAUUGCUUUAUGAAAACCAUUCAUUUGUUACCUGAUGACUUAACUGUAUGUACACUGUUUGUUGUACGAGUUCCUGCGACGGAUAACAUGAAGUAUUUGGUAAUUACUCGACUACGCAAAGACUGUGAGCCUUUGGUCUUAAAGCUGGCCAUGCCACGAGAAGAUGAUGAAUGUGAUUGGAUAAAUUUGGCGAACGAAGACAAUGUCGUUCGUGAUUUUAAUGCAAUAUUCCAAAAUGGUAUAUUAAAUGAUUUUUCCACCAUCAUGCAAGAAUUUACUGAAUGUUCAAAAUUGGAGACUAGACGAGAACACAUGAGAAAACGUACACAAAUUGAGAAGAAACUAAAGAGGUUUGUGGAGAAAAUGGAGAGAACAUUAUUCGGAGCAUGGCGUGGUGUGUUAACCGGACGUCGUCUUGAAAAGGAUCGUUUAAGAAUGUCUUCAUAUAUUCAUCGUAUUCAGGAAAUGGCAGUUGAAAUGUUGGGCUUUAAAAUAGAAAAUGAGCAACUACUCGAGGUUUUAUGUGAUAGUUUUUGCUAUCUUUUACCAAAAGAAGUUAUGAAGAAUUUGGAAGAACUUACUGGCAUUCAAGUUGAUUCUAAACGUCUUGCUGAGUUUUCAAAAGCGUUAUCAAGCUUUCUCGAGGAGCACGAAAGUGAUGACCAAGCUGAUGAAUUAUUUAGAGGUCCAGUCGUCUUGAUUCUUGAUAAGAUAAUACAACAUCUACCAUUUGAAUCUAUGCCAAUUCUUCGUGAUCAAGAAAUAUCUAGAAUGCCAUCUCUUCAAUUUGUCAAUGCACAUCUACUUUUCCAUAAAAAUAAGAGGUUACAAGUUGAUACAAAUAAGGCAUUUUAUGUCGUCAAUCCGCAAGAUAAUCUUCCAAACACCGAGGAAUGGUUUUAUAGCUGGUUUUCAACCAUUAAUAAAGAAUGGAAAGGUAUCGCGGGUCGUGCUCCUUCAGCAUCGGAAUUUAAAGAAGCUCUUGCAAAUUAUGAUCUUUUCCUAUACUCUGGUCAUGGCUGUGGACGUGAAUUUCUUAAUGGUGAUGACAUAAAGCGACUCAGUUGUCGUGCAGUAGCCUUGAUUAUGGGAUGUAGCAGCGGGAGUUUAAUUAUCGAAGGUGAUUCCGAACCAAAGGGAAUGGUACUCAACUAUCUCCUCUCUGGCAGUCCUGCAGUUGUUGGGAACCUUUGGAACGUCAAAGAAACGGACACUAACAAUUUCACAGCCAAUUUACUUGCACUUUGGUUCCAAGGAAAUUCUUCUCUCACUCGUUGUGUGGUGAAAUCACGUGAUAUUUGUACAUUCAAAUACUUAAAUGGUGGUGCAACUGUUGUCUAUGGCAUGCCUGUGUAUUCAUGCAUUGAUAAGUAAAGGUAACAUUAACUUGACAUUUGUCAUGUAUCUGUUAGCACAAGAAGUCAUUGCAAGUAGGCACUUGAAACAGGAAAAAGGAGCCAUUCUGUUUACUAUAGUUGGAGAAUAUACUAAUCCAUAGAUUUCAUUCUACUCUUUGACAAAGUGAUGCAACUGGUGAUCCAAAGCCAUGUACUUGGCAUUUCAAGUAGCAAGAAAUUAGUUCUUGUCACAAAUGUUUUUGGAAACUAGCAAUGAUGAAUAGUUUGAAUUUUCUAUGUUUUUAAGAUGAUCUUUUGAGAUGUUUGUUUUAAAUAUAUGUUAUACCACAAAA